AGUGCAGCGCGCUGCACGGAUACCUAGUGCAGGUGCUCGUUUAUUGUCUCAAAACAUUCUUUCUGCGUUAGAUAUAUCCGAAGUUAUAGAAUAGAAGCACUCUUGAAGCCGACUUCGUGAUAGUCAUUUGGAUUGGCCAAAGCAAGUUCAGUGGAAGCAGACAGCGAUCUUCGUAAUUGUCAAGUUGGUGGGGCGUUAAAAUGGCAAGCCAAUUUAUCAUUUUCUGUGUCAUCCUAACCACCUGGGUCGUCGCCGUGCACCCUCAGGAAGUGGCUGUAUCACCCCAACCUCCGUCACCCACCAACCUAGAUGGGCCAGAGAACCAUAUCGUCGAGGCAACGGAAAAAGUACGAGAGCUGGAGAAUUUACUACAUUAUAUUAGAGAAAGAAGGCGCCCUCGACAUUGCAGCGAUCUCUUGCAAGCUGGUCAGCGACAUGAUGGCGUGUACACAAUAUACCACAAGGCAGCUGCUGAAUCAGGACAGGACGUCUACUGUGACCUCACAACUGACGGUGGUGGCUGGACGGUAAUCCAAACACGCGGACAGUACGGAAACAGGGUUUUCCAUUUCUACCGGAAUUGGACAGAAUACGCGCAAGGCUUCGGCAGUGCUAGUGAGGAGUACUGGAUUGGAAACAACGCCCUGCAUGCCCUGACGUCCGGCGAAGAAAACGUGACUCUUCGCAUAGUGCUGAAGAACACCACAACUGACAGCGCCUUUAUCUACUACAACAAUUUUCAUGUGGCGAAUGAAGAGAAUUUGUUCAUGCUAAAACUGGGAGGCUUGAUAGGUCCACUAGGUUGGGACGCAAUGAGGCACAGCGAUGGUCAAAAAUUCUCCACCUUUGACCGCGACAACGAUGCGGGGAACAACAACUGCGCGGCUGCAUACCGAGGAGGAUGGUGGUACGGCAACUGCCACGCGUGCAACCCGAACGGUCUCAACCUCAACGGACUUCACGAGAGCUACGCCGACGGCAUCGACUGGAGCGUGCGAAACCACGAAGGCCGCUUAUACCACUAUUCCUUCCCCGCUAUGGUGAUGAUGAUCAGGCCAGCUCGGUUGAUGCAGGGCAAGGAGAGUGAGCUGCAAUUUUUCCCACCGUCGUAAUGUUGGAAAAAAAGUGCAAAAAAAAUAAAAUAAUAUGUGGCCAAGGUU